GACCGGUUGCCUGACGUGGGUGGGCUCCCUCUCCAUGGGGAUGAUCUUCUUCUGCUCUCCCAUCGUCAGCGUCUUCACAGACGUUCUUGGCUGCAGACUUACCGCAGUGGGCGGCGCUGCAGUCGGCCUGGUCGGCCUACUGGCCAGCUCCUUUGUCACGUCCCUGGGUCCCAUGUACUUCACCUAUGGCAUUGUGUUUGCCUGCGGCUGCUCUUUCGCCUACCAGCCUAGCCUGGUCAUCCUGGGCCACUACUUCAAGAAGCGCCUGGGCCUGGUGAACGGCAUUGUGACGGCCGGGAGCAGCAUCUUCACCAUCACCCUGCCCUUCUUGCUUUCGGGCCUGCUGGAAAAAGUGGGCCUCCAAAACACCAUGCGCGUCCUCUGCAUCCUUAUGUUUGUGUUGAUGCUGGCCGGCUUCACCUACAAGCCCCUGCUACCUGUCAAAUCUGCCAAUACCCGUACAGGCAGCCGGUGCCCACCCAUGAGUCAGAUCUUCAACAUCAAUAUCUGGAAGUCUUUGGGAUAUCGCAUUUGGGCCUUUGGUAUCCCUGCAGCCCUCUAUGGCUACUUUGUGCCUUAUGUUCAUCUGAUGAAGCACGUGGAGGAGCGUUUUGGAACAGACGCAAAUAAAGAAGUUCUGCUCAUGUGCAUCGGCAUCACGUCCGGCGUGGGCCGUCUCAUCUUCGGAAGGGUGGCAGACUAUGUUAAUGGAGUCAACAAAGUCUAUCUGCAGGUGGCUUCCUUCUUGGUCAUCGGCCUCAUGUCCAUGAUGAUCCCUCUGUGCAACAUCUUCGGCGGGCUGAUCGCCGUAUGCCUGCUGAUGGGGCUGUUUGACGGAUGCUUCAUUUGCAUCAUGGCCCCUAUCGCCUUUGAGCUAGUUGGGGCCAAUGACGUGUCCCAGGCUAUCGGCUUCCUGCUGGGCCUGAUGUCCGUGCCCAUGACUGUGGGGCCCCCCAUUGCAGGCUUCCUGAGGGACAGACUGGGAAGCUACGACGUGGCCUUCUACCUAGCAGGCAUACCCCCGAUUGUCGGAGGAGCCGUGCUGUGUCUGAUACCCUGGGUGGAGGCCAGGCGCAAGAGGAGGGAGAAGGAAGAGGCCCUGAACAGGGAGCAGAACGUCACCCAGAAAAUGAUAGAACACGACAAGGCUCAGGGAGAAGCACAGUUCAAAACUGGAGAGUCUGUCCUCUAGGAGCCCCGCUCGACAGACUGACAGUGAGACACACGCUCAGACUUAGACUGUGUACUGAGCUACAGUAUUUGUGAUUUAGCCAAGAUUGUAAUGACUGCCUUCAGAAGGAGAAUGUUGGAAAACGCCAAAGCAAUGAAACAUAUCAGCCAUUCAGAGGCUGAAGUACAGUUUAACAUGAAUGUGAUCCUAAAGAACUAUGCAUUCGAUUGUUUCUAAUCUUACAGCAGGCAAAAUUGAAGUUUCAGAUGAAAAUGGAGAAAACUGCACAUUUCACAUUUGUCACAAGGGAAAGAAGGCAUGCUGUGUAUAAACACAGCGUGACAGCUGCUGAUUCAGUCUUUAGCCAGGAUCUCUCCCAGAAACAUCACUUUCAGAUUCAGAAGGGAAAUAUGGACUUGCAUCAUUCUUUACAAUCAAUUUUCAACACUACCGAAUGUUUUUAGAUGAAGAAAUAUGGCAUAAAAAGAACACCUAUUAGAUUACAUGAGAAGGAAACCACUCAUGUUUAGGAGUAUAACUUGAUUUGGCCUCAAUCAUCCUUUUGCUUCAGUGCAAAGCAAACUGGUUUGCUACAAAAUCCUUCUUAAAUGUGCCAUCUUUAUUGUCUCCAGUGGUCCCUCAGACAGGAUUGUCCUGUCAACACCGUCUUAAAGCAUGCCAAAAAUGUAAAUAGUGCUCCGCAGUAUUUUAAAGGGACAGUAACUGAGAGAUUUGGGCUCUAGGAAGUCAUUAUUAGUCAUGAAGCUCUGGGAUCGGGGGCCGUGAAGGUGCUCGGACACUUCAGUGGAAACAGCUUUAAGCACAAUGAUUUUACAUCUCAAGACAAGCAGCUCUGUCCCUCCGGCUGGAUCCAGGAAAUCUGACAUUUUAUACAAUGGACUGCCAACCAAGCAAGACAGAGCACAGACCCUCGGGGGCCCAAAGGCUCCAGGUUCACCAUGUUGCAAAAAGCUUAUGGUAAUUAACUGUAGAUUAGUGUGGUAACACUUUAAGCACCACUAAAACAGAGUAUAAACUGAAACGAUAGGGACCUUAAGGAUUAUUACAUCAUUGUGUAUUGGGGCUCCAGGUAAAAUCUACAUUUAAGGCCUUUGUUAUCUAAGUUUAUACAAUGCUUCCAUGGUGUAUUUUCCUAAAUCAAAUUGUGGCUUGUCAAAUUACCACAAACUAAUUAUAAUGAAUUAACUAAUAUAAACACAAUACACAGAUAGCUGCAGAAAUGGGGAACCAAUAGGGGCCCACAACCCAUUUUUCCCCUGGGGCCCCGUAGAGGGUUAAUCCGGCCCUGGUUGUACUGAUUCAUGCAAAGAGGCUGUUGAUAAUCAAACCGUGUGACUGAGAAACCUCUGCACUGUGUUUAAACCAUAAUAUCUUUUGAGGAAUGACUCAACAAGGAAAAUUCUCUUAUUUGCUUCCAUGCCAACAGUUAGAUGAAGAAAUCGACACCACUCUUAACACCUGUCCGUUAAAUAUAUGGGCACAGCCAGGAGCUGGUUAUCUUAGCUUAGCACCGAGGGGAAACAAUAAGGCUGCCCCUGCCUGAAACUGAACUUCCACCAGCUCUAAAACGCACAAAUUAACGUGUUUGUUGUCAUUUCAAUCCCUACAAAAAGAUUUAAAGACAGACAUGAAAUUGAGGCUUUAUGUGCUGGACUAUUUCUUAGCGGACGCAGAGACUGCCUGGAAUCAUCCCAAAAAUUUCUCAAGAUUUCUUAAACAAUAAGAACUCUUAGCCAGCAUAAGAACACCGGCUUUCGCUUAUGAACCUAAAUAUGGGUCCAUAUUAACAUUGUGUUGUGUACAUGUCUAUUAAUUGACAUUAAGCAGUAUUUCCUUUAAAGAGCCAAAGAUGUUUUUAAAGUUGUUCUUUUUCUUCUGUGUAAUUUGGUCCAAAUUCAGUGUGUGCUUUCAUUGUGCGACAUGGAUUUACCAUGUCACGCCGCAGUUUAAAGUGGGAAAAGCUUAAAUGUUUGUAUAUAAAAGAACAUGAAGUUUGCCCAGUAGCUGACGGUCAUAAAACAACCAUCACUGUUUCAACAACAAAUCACCUGCUUGGAUGGGUGACCUCUUAAAUCACUGUUGCAUAUGUAGUUCCUCACCACUUUAUAAAAAGGCUAUUAGACAUUUACCUACAGUACCUUACAGUUUCCACUAUUUGAAACCGAGCUGAGGACGAGUUUGACUAAUCAUUUACUACGUGACCAUUAGUCGAGGUAAGUCAAGUUAACCAUUAACUCUGUACCAAAUUCAUUAACCUUUAGUAGGAAACUGUUCGUUUUAUGUUUGCAUAUUGUAUUUAUUUUUUAUUUUUUGUGGAGAAUGUCAUGCUGUGAUUGACAGGCAUUUGCCCAAAGCCUCGAUUUCAAUUACUGAAGACCAAAAUGUGCUGUAAUGAAAAUGACUGGAAGUGUAUUAAUCCUGUUUGCUUGCUGUCAUCCGUCUCCAUAAAGCCUACAGGUAGUGUCAGUGAACCAUCUGAACGUGUUAGGAAGUGACUCGUCAGUCCGUCACUGCUGACAGUGAUAGACUGCUUGUGGAAAACUCAGAGACCCUUUGGAAAAAAGUGCACCGACACUGAAUUUCUGUGGGUCGAUGACUUUUUCUCUGCAGACCUGUGACACUCUCUACCUCAGAUGUUGUAAAAGUGUAGAGCUCUGCCCCCGCCUGGACUGUCCUGCCAUCCCUUAAUCCUCCGUCAGAGGCAGUCCAACAGAGUGGUGUUCAUGUUUGAGCAGUGUGAUCUAGCUGUCCAAGCUUUAAUCUUUAACGAAGUACUGCUCAGAUCCAGAGAUGCCUUUUUUUUGUUUUUACACAAGUGUGAGAAACUUCAACAGCGUUUACAUCUUUUCUCCAAACUAAAUAUAUAUUUUUAUUAUGAUUAAAUCACAUCUGUUGCCUUGCAAUUCAACUUUUGAAUGACAUGCAUGACUUUUUGAGACUGUUCAAGUAAUUUCUUGUCAAAGAAGUUACUUAAUUUGUACCUCUUGAGUUUUAAUUGUAAACCUAUUUGCCAUAUAAACAUUUACAUACUUUAUUAUGCGUAAUCAUUAUUUGUACUUACUAAUUUAAUAGUUAUUGCCUUAUACCUGCUUCUUGAAAUUAUCAAUUAUAGAGUCAUUUUGAAAAAUGGCAAUUUCAAUUUCAUAAUGACUAAAUGGAAUUGCCUCUUUCUGUUGUAAUAGUGUCUAUAAAGGAUUUAUGUGGCAAUUAGGAGUUUUGAAUGAGCUUAUCUGGCACCAUGUUUAUAGCAUUUUAUAGUUAUUUUGGCUCUAUUACAUUUAUUCCUACCACUGGCUUUAUCCAGAGGAUGUGCAUAUGUGUAUGCAUUUUGGUUUUGCUGCAGAUAAAGAUUUACUUCUGUAAAGCUUUGCUGCAAGAAAUGCAUCUUUGCUACUUUCAUUUUAUUUUGGCAUAUUUUUUUAUCUUAAUUUCUUUUCACUUCUUGCUUUGUUUUCUUAUUCAUAUCUCUCAUGAGUUACCCAAAAUGUGUCUACUACAAUAUAACUCUUCCUAUUCUUCCUGUCAGCUGCAGGAGGUGUGGUGAACUACAGUAUUUGUAAUGUAAUAUUAUGUAAACACAAUCAGAUUUCAAUAUUUUCAAGACAGUAAAAAAAAAAAAGAUGUUUGCA